GCGGUGAAGGAGCGGCGGCCGUCGAGGAAGCAGUUACAUGUUUGACUGUAGAAGUUGGCUUUCCACCGUACUGAGAGAAAAUAUUUUUCAACAACUGAGGGGUGUUGAAGAAGUACACCUUUAGCACGGGAAGAUGAGUGAACUUGACCAGUUACGGCAGGAGGCGGAGCAACUGAAAAACCAAAUCAGAGAUGCUAGGAAAGCCUGUGCCGAUGCCACGUUGGCCCAGAUCACAGCCAACAUCGAUCCAGUGGGUCGUAUUCAGAUGCGCACUAGAAGAACACUGCGGGGACACCUGGCUAAAAUUUAUGCAAUGCACUGGGGGACUGAUUCCAGGCUUCUUGUUAGUGCAUCACAGGAUGGCAAGCUUAUCAUUUGGGACAGCUACACCACAAACAAGGUCCAUGCCAUUCCUCUGCGCUCAUCCUGGGUCAUGACCUGUGCAUACGCUCCGUCUGGAAACUACGUGGCAUGUGGUGGUCUUGAUAACAUCUGCUCCAUCUACAACCUGAAAACACGUGAGGGCAACGUACGUGUCAGCCGUGAACUGGCUGGCCAUACUGGUUAUUUGUCAUGUUGCCGUUUCGUGGACGAUAACCAGAUUAUUACCAGUUCUGGAGAUACCACUUGUGCCCUGUGGGAUAUAGAAACCGGCCAACAAACCACCACAUUUACCGGUCACACCGGAGACGUGAUGAGCCUGUCCCUCGCUCCCGAUUCCAAGUGUUUCGUUUCCGGCGCCUGCGACGCCUCCGCAAAGCUGUGGGACGUCCGAGAAGGGAUGUGCCGGCAAACUUUCACCGGCCAUGAGUCAGACAUCAAUGCCAUAUGUUUCUUCCCCAACGGCAAUGCAUUUGCCACCGGCUCAGACGACGCCACCUGCCGGCUGUUCGACCUCCGGGCCGACCAGGAGCUUAUGGUUUAUUCCCACGACAACAUCAUCUGCGGCAUCACCUCUGUAGCAUUCUCCAAGAGCGGGCGUCUCCUUCUAGCUGGCUACGAUGACUUCAACUGCAAUGUGUGGGACACGCUGAAAGCUGACCGGGCAGGUGUCCUAGCUGGCCACGAUAAUCGCGUCAGUUGCUUAGGCGUGACUGAUGACGGCAUGGCCGUGGCCACAGGCUCGUGGGACAGCUUCCUCAAGAUCUGGAACUAAAGUCUGUAGAAUAGCAGCGGACUCCACGCUGACUGGAAGACUUUCCCAACACAGUUGAAAAUUUAAAAAUAACGUAUCCAAUCCAACCGUACUAACUUGGACCCCCCCUCUCCCCCUCCCC